CAGAGGCCGUACGGCUGGGGAGGGCUUCCGGGCCGUGGGCCUGACUCCUCAGAGCUGCUGUCAUGGCGGGUGCUCUGUGGGGCUGCUUUUCCAUCCUGCUGCUGUUACUAUCAGGAGAUGCCCACGGCUCGGAGGUGCCUGGGGCUGCUGCCGAGGGCCCGGGGGGUGGUGGGGUCGGCCUGGGAGAUCGUUUCAAGAUCGAGGGACGUGCGGUUGUUCCAGGGGUGAAACCUCAGGACUGGAUCUCCGCGGCCCGAGUGCUGGUCGACGGGGAAGAGCACGUCGGCUUCCUUAAGACAGAUGGGAGCUUUGUGGUUCAUGAUAUUCCCUCUGGCUCAUAUGUGGUGGAAGUUAUUUCUCCAGCUUACAAGUUUGAUCCUGUCCGAGUCGAUAUCACUUCAAAAGGAAAAAUGAGAGCAAGAUAUGUGAAUUACAUCAAAACAUCAGAAGUGGUCAGAUUACCCUAUCCUCUCCAAAUGAAAUCUUCAGGUCCACCUUCUUACUUCAUUAAGAGGGAAUCCUGGGGCUGGACAGACUUUCUGAUGAACCCAAUGGUUAUGAUGAUGGUUCUUCCAUUAUUGAUAUUUGUGCUUCUGCCUAAAGUGGUCAACACAAGUGAUCCUGACAUGAGACGGGAGAUGGAGCAGUCAAUGAACAUGUUGAAUUCCAACCAUGAAUUGCCUGAUGUCUCAGAGUUCAUGACAAGACUCUUCUCUUCAAAAUCCUCUGGCAAAUCCAGUAGUGGCAGCAGUAAAACAGGCAAAAGUGGGGCUGGCAAAAGGAGGUAGUCAGGCCACAGCCGCCAUCGCACAAGCUCGGCUACACCAGUGCAUCCAAGUCUUGAUGGGAACCGUGUGAAGCGACUACUGUAAACUGAGUCAUCUGAAAGUUGAUCUCGUACAACUGUUGUCUAUGUUGAUUUCUUAACACAUGUUUUGUACUUGGUACACAAGAAAACCCAGCUCUCAUCCUUUGUCUGUAUGAGGUCAAUGUUAAUGUCACUGAAUUAAUUACAGUGUCCUAUAGAAAAUGACAUUAAUAAAUUAUAUGAAGUACUAUACAUUAUGUAUAUUAAAGAGGUCUUAAUCCAGAGAUAAAA